ACACACACACACACACACACACACACACACAGGCGGGCAUUCACAGUCCAGGAAGAGGAGCAAGGCUUAAUUCCCUGUCAGACCGCAGCUCGUGCGUUGAGCAUCUUCCGCAAGGAUUCUGUUGGAAUGGAGCCCAAAGUGGACGGAGUUAGGAACGACUAUGGGUUCAAUCCACCGCCUUACAACGCAGGCUACGGUUCCGACAGGCCUUACCAAAUUGGCUAUGAGGCGCAGGUGGAGGCGGGGAAGUCCGGCAUCGCGGUGGUGUACCCCCCGGGGGGCUACGACAACACGGCGUAUCCCCAGGGCCAGGCACCGUACGGGGGCGUGCAGUCCCCCGACAGCCCCCCCGAGUACCGGGUGGAGGAGGAGGAGGAGGAGGGGGAGGAGGAGAACUGCUUCAGCGACGCGGGAGUGAGAAGAGGGUUCAUACGGAAGGUGUACCUGACCUUGAUGAUUCAGCUCCUGGUUACCGUGGGGAUCAUCUGCGCUUUCCUCUACUGGGACGCUCUCAGGCAGUUUACCUUGUCCACCUACUGGUUCUCCUACUGCAUGAUGGCGGUGGUGCUAGUAAUGAUCUUCGUCUUCUCCUGCUGCGUUGGCAUCCGUCGGCGGGUGCCCCUCAACUUCAUCGCCCUGGGCCUGUUUACCAUUGCCGAGGGUAUGAUGCUGGGGUCCCUAACAGUCUACUAUGCAGCGGAAGCAGUUCUCUGGGCCAUGGGGGCGACGGCCCUGGUGUCCUUCUCCCUCAGCGUGUUUGCCAUGCAGUCCAAGUGGGACUUCACCGCAGCCAGGGGCUCUCUGUGGGCCUUCGGCUGGACCCUGGUGUCUUUCGGAUUGCUCUGCGCGAUAUUGAGAUCCCAGUACCUCUACAUUAUGUACGCAUGUAUUGGAACCCUGCUCUUCUCCAUAUACUUGGUGGUGGACACCCAGCAGAUGGUGGGAGGGAAGAACCGGAAGUACUCGAUCUCACCCGAGGAGUACAUUUUCGCCGCCCUCAACCUGUACCUGGACAUCAUAACCCUGUUCCUGCUACUGCUGCAGCUCAUCGGCCUGUGCCGCUGAGCCUCUGUCGAGACCUGGGUUUGAAUGAUGCGUGUUAAGUGAAGGCACGGCCAUCUUUAAUCAAUCUCGCCGUAAACAGAUUUAUCCCAGUUUAUCGCACUUUUGUGUUUAACGACGAGCAAUGCACUGACGCUGGUUUUCCCUUCAAUGGCACUUUUCCCUGUCCGUCGGGUUUAAUGGUAGGGUUUCUUACGUGAUUUGAUGGUAUGGCUUUAAUGUGUUCUGCACUGAGGUGUCUGUCUUUCUAUAUAUUAAUUCCCAGGAACACUUAUGGCUAAUAGUUGGUUGAAAAGCCGGGUGUGGGAACAAUUAUUCAAAAUGCAUUACACGGUUGUCAAGAGGGGAAAUGGAUGUAAAUAUUGCAUACUGUUCUUACAAUUUGCUGUUAUUUUUGUUAUGUGCAAAAGCCGUUAUUGUCUGUUUGCCUGCCAAGCAGCCCUCCCCUUCCUCUACCCUUCUGUACAUGGAAACCCUGCAUCUGGGAUUUCAAUGCAUUUUCCCAAUACGAUCCCUCCAAACUCAGAGGGCCAUCAAUCCCUCACCCUCCAGAAAUGUUGUGUCUCUCCCUGACUGACGGUUCUGUUGGACAGGUAGGCCUUUCCACCCAGAUAUCCCCCUGCUUAAUUGCAGAUAUUUCUGCUUAGUUGGUUUAAAGGCUGCUCUUGGUAGAAACAAAAUGUAUUCCGCUGCACUACAGCAGAACGGUUUGACCAAGGCUCAUUAGCCGAAAAGGGGCUGUCCGCAUUAGGGAACAACUCUUUCCCCUGGAAGACAGCUGAGGGGCUCUUGAAUUACCAUUAUGUGUAUCACAGACUUUUAAUGACUUUCUAAUACAAUUGCAUAGGAGCUAAAGUGACAUACCCUUACUUUAAUGCAAAUGUAUGAGGAUAGAAAUAUUCAUCAUCCGUUCCUAUGUUAAUUCUCGGAAAAAAAAACACCACCUUCAAUAAAACUCAACUCAUUUUAUUGGCAUCAGCACACUUUUUUUUUCCUUUCAUAUAAAG